CGGAGGGAGCGGCGUGCGGGCUCAGCUGGGCGAGCGGCUUCCCCCGAGAGGAUGCGCCGACUUUUAACUUUUUAAACUGCGGCCCCAGCAGCGCGUUCGAGCCGGAGGCACUGUAAUGGUUUCGGAGGAUGGAAACGGACGACGUGUCGGUUCGAGAGCAACUUUUCCACAACCGUGUGCGGGAGACCAUAAUAUGUGUGCUCCUCUUCAUAUGCCUUUACAUAGUGUCCUACCUCAUACUGACCCACUUCAAGAAGAAUGCAGAGUUUGCAACAGAUGAUGUUGAAGACGCCACAGUCAACAAAAUUGCACUGUGGCUGUGUACGUUCACCCUGUCUGUUGCCGUGUGUGCUGUGCUCCUUCUCCCAAUCUCAAUUCUGUCCAAUGAGGUCCUGCUCACAUUCCCACAGAGCUACUACAUGCAGUGGCUUAAUGGAUCUCUAAUCCACGGCUUGUGGAACCUAGUCUUCCUGUUCUCCAAUUUGUCCCUGGUGUUUCUCAUGCCCUUUGCCUACUUCUUCACCGAGUCUGAAGGAUUCGCAGGGUCCAAAAAGGGGGUUAUGGCCCGCGUGUACGAAGCCGUCGUUCUGCUGUUGCUCCUGGCUCUGCUUGUGCUGGGCAUUGUGUGGGUGGCAUCAGCCAUUCUCCACGACAACAUAGCCAGAAAAAGCCUUUAUGACCUGUGGGAGUAUUACCUUCCCUACCUUUACUCGGGCAUCUCAUUGUUUGGAGUGCUGCUGUUUUUGUUGUGCACACCCUUUGGGUUGUCACGAAUGUUUAGUGUGAUUGGCAGCCUACUGGUCAAGCCUCGGCUGUUGGAAGACGUAGAAGAUACGCUAAACUGCACCACGUUUGAGGAAGACUCACUUUCCAGGAAACUGAGCUGCGACAGCACAACAUUUACCGUCAAGGUCAACAAGGAGGCUCUCAAAACAGAGUAUGAAACGGUCCAGAAUAAACGCCUGGCCCUUGAGAUGCGCAGAAAAGCGUCCCCAUGGCAAAGAAACGUGGGCUAUCCACUGGUCAUGCUCAUGCUCCUUGCAAUGACGGUUGUGUGCGUACUCAUGGUCUGCUUCAAUGUGCUGGAGCUGCUCCUGGAUGAGGCUGCUAUGCCCCGAGGAAUGGAGGACCCUCACCUUGGGAUGGCCUCUUUCUCCAUGUUCGGUUCCCUGGGUGCUGCCAUUCAAGUGGUCCUGAUCCUCUAUCUGAUGAUGUCCUCAUUGGUGGGUUUCUACAGUUCCCCCCUCUUCAUUGGCCUUCUGCCCCGUGCACAAGACACCAACCUUACUGAGAUCAUCGCUAACUGUGUGUCAUUGCUUAUCCUGAGCUCUGCACUGCCGGUGUUCUCACGCACCCUUGGAAUCACCCGCUUUGAUCUACUGGGAGACUUUGGUCGGUAUGACUGGCUGGGGAACUUCUACAUCGUUUUCCUGUACAACAUGCUGUUUGCUGGUCUCACCUCUGCCUCUCUGAUCAAAACCGUCACCUGGGCCGUUCAGAGAGAGCUGAUCCGUGCCUUUGGUCUGCACAGACUGCCUUUAAAGGUGUCACGCUCCGCCGACCCUUUUAGACUCUUACUGGCCAGUGGACUCUCUAAAAUCCAGUGAUUUCCCCUCCAGACCCCGUUCAUAAGCGCAACCACUUCAGAUGUGCAUCCACUGGGUUAAAGGCCUUCGCCAGGUGGAUGAGGGUCGAGAGGGUUUUCAGCGUGAGACUGGAGACGGUGAUGAGCCUGUUUACAUUGGGAGCACUGUUAGACGCUGAAGUCUUUGACCAGUAUAUUGAAUGCAAAGCACUGUGCUGGUACAGUUGACCAGGUCAUGGUUAUGGCUGGAGUGAGCAAAAAGGGAUCAAGCCAUGUUGCCUUCAGUGGACAGCGACAGACGUCCAGCAAACACGGUGCCUUAUUAAAAGAGGAUCUCCUGAAGAACCGUUGCUCGGUGACGGUGAAAGUCGGUAGUUAUUUUGAAAUAUUUCACUGCAGCUGUGACAUAAUUUCCUCUUCCUCCUCCGGGUCGGUUGCACGCUCUCUUUCUUCGUGGUUCCCAGUGCUUUUCUUUCUUAGGUCAUAGCACUGUUUUAAUUUUCUUCCGUGUGUCUGGUGAUCCAGCCAGCACUAGUGUUGUUUAAUAAAUGAGACAAAGUCAUUAACAAAAUGUAUGUUUGUAGAUGAACCGAUAGACAGGGAACAACGGUAUUUUUAUGAGACGUUUUUUUCAUUGAUGACUGCAAGCUUAUGGAGUCUGUGGACUAGUUUGUGACAAAAACAAACGUGGGCAGAAGCUUUACUUUAUCAAUACUCAUGAAGAGCAACAUCUGCCUUGAACCACUUUAACUGUGAAUUAAGACUUUGUAUGGGGAAGUGCAAUAUGUAAUAUUUACUACAGACACUUUAACUAUACUAGAAUUAAUUUGUAAACUGCUUUCCAUUCAUUUGUGUGUGAACAAUCUUUUGUGAAGUCAUUUCUUUAAUGGACUUUCGGUGAAAGCUUAGAAUAGUUAGGAGUAUUUUUAUUCAUUAUGCAACUGUGACUAACGGUCGAGACAAUCAUGUCAGUGUUUUGUUCUUUUUUUCUUCCUGUCAUAAGGACCAAAAUUCUAAUUUUCAUUUCCAGCAUCCGCCUCAACGUGUUACUAGCAGGUUAAUGGCUGCUGCUUUGGCCAGCAGGUGGCGCUGUUUCUCAAACCCAACAUGAUCUCUCUCGUAGUCCCUGCUGGUUUUCCAGCUCUUCCUGCCCCAACUCCUACUGAUUACCUUGACCAGGUGUAGUUAGUGAACGACAAGCUUGGAAAGCCAACUGACACACCUGAUCAAGGUAAUCAGCAGAGAGCUGGAAAACCAGCAGGGACAGUGGCCCUCGAUGGAACCAGUUUACCACUUUGAAAUUCUCUGGGAUUUUUUAACACAAAGUUGAUAGUUGGCUGUUAUUAUUUAUGGGGAAUUAUGUAUCUAUACUUCCUAUACUGACCUAUUACAAUUGUGAAUUGAAAAAAAUGACAUCUUUAGAGUUUUUCUCAAAGAUUUUUUUAAAAAGUGUUUAUUGUUUACAUUUAAAAUGUUUCAUAUUUUCCAUCUGAAAUUUUAACCAUUGUUUUGAGCAGAAGGCAAUAAAAGUGUCUUGUUUUUGAA